CGGAAACCUUGUAACGGAGACACUGGCGAUCAGCUGACGGGAUCAACACAAGACAUUGCCUGAACAACACCACCGUUCUUCCAGUCAUCACAGAGAGAAACCUUAACGCAAACUGCACGUAUCAUAAGGAAGAUGGCAAUGCUGCAAAGACACAUUUCUUAUGGCUGGAAGGCAUGCAACAGUCUAAGCUUGAGGCAUUCUGAUCUCACUGGUGGAAUACUUCGUGGUCUUCACACAACACAAGCGGUGCAGAAGGUGCAGUCUGGUCGCUACAAGGUCACCAGAAAUAGGUCAAAACCUCUGACCUAUGAAAUGGCCAAUCAACCCUGUCAGAUUGCACAUAGAAAAUCUUGGAAUAGCUGGAAUACAACAAGUUUGUAUGAAGGGAUGCGUGAGCCGGAAACGGUUGUUGAAGAUAUCUUCAUCCGGAAGUUCAUGACAGGAACGUGGCACAACUUGUUCGUGUCAGAAGUUAUCAUCAAAAGACAACACAAUAUGAUUCGUAUUGCAGGAAUUGUUCAGCAGAAAAUAGUUGCUCGCAAGAUGUAUUUCCUGAUUGGUUACUGUGAGGAGCUUCUCUCAUAUUGGCUGAAGUGCCCCGUUAGGUUAGAACUACAAACUGUACCUGAUAAAAAAGACGUGGUGUACAAAUAUAUUUAACUUGUGUAUGUCUUGUGAUACCUUGCAUGAUGUCACAGAAAUCUUUGUAAAGUUUGUUUGUGAGAGUAAAUAAAUAUAUGAAUUUUA